GAAGGGAGGGGUAAGAGAAUCAUGUACUACUCGUAACUCCUAGCAGGGUGGAGACUUCUAUUCUUUUGUAACUUUGUUGGGAUUGGAGGACUUGGGAGAGAGGUGGAAACUUACUGACUAGGACUGUAUAAUUAAAAAUGUAGUUAUCUAUUUUGUGUGCAGAUGACAGAUUUCCCAGCAUUUGUCCCCAUUAGUUAAAUUGAUGCUAUGUCCAUGCAGUUUUCAAAUGAAACGCUGUAACUUUUAGAAGGGCGUGGAAAAUCCGGAAGCAAGUGAUUACAUUGUAAAGUAUGCCCACAGUAUUACAGGUGUAAGCGUCUAUUAGGAGUUGCUUUUGUGAUAACUAGCUCAUCUACAACUGGGCAGGGCUCGUCCAUAUGGUGGUUUAUGUAAAGACCUACAGAUAUCGGAAAUAACAGCCCUACACCCUGCACACUGCAAACCUCAUUAUGAAUUUACUGCAGUUGAAGGAACUUUCCCAGUCUGAUUUGUAUCGACGGCGCCUAGAGCGUCAUGACAGCUUUGGAUCUGCAGGUUUGGAGAAGAAAGGUUUGAGCAACAUGGCAAAUGCUCUGGCUAAUGCCAUGUGUGAGCGAUGUAAAAGUGGCUUUGCACCUGCUGAGAGAAUAGUGAACAGCAAUGGAGAACUGUAUCAUGAGCAGUGUUUUGUAUGUGCUCAGUGCUUCCAACAAUUCCCAGAGGGACUCUUCUAUGAGUUUGAAGGGAGAAAAUACUGUGAGCAUGACUUUCAGAUGCUUUUUGCACCUUGUUGUCAUCAGUGUGGUGAGUUUAUCAUUGGCCGUGUGAUUAAAGCUAUGAACAAUAGCUGGCACCCAGAGUGCUUUUGCUGCGAUCUCUGCCAACAGAUUCUUGCUGAUAUUGGAUUUGUGAAGAAUGCUGGCAGACACCUUUGCCGUCCAUGUCAUAACCGUGAAAAGGCCAGAGGUCUGGGAAAAUAUAUCUGUCAGAAAUGUCAUGCCAUCAUUGAUGAACAGCCUCUUAUAUUCAAGAAUGAUCCUUACCACCCUGAUCAUUUCAACUGUGCCCAUUGCGGGAAAGAAUUGACUGCUGAAGCUCGAGAGCUGAAAGGAGAAUUAUACUGCCUGCCGUGCCACGAUAAAAUGGGUGUCCCUAUUUGUGGUGCUUGUCGACGGCCAAUUGAAGGACGUGUAGUUAAUGCAAUGGGAAAGCAGUGGCAUGUGGAGCAUUUUGUAUGUGCCAAAUGUGAGAAACCUUUUCUGGGUCAUCGCCACUAUGAAAGGAAGGGUUUGGCUUAUUGUGAAACUCACUAUAAUCAGCUAUUUGGUGAUGUCUGUUACCACUGUAAUCGUGUGAUUGAAGGAGAUGUUGUAUCUGCUUUGAAUAAGGCCUGGUGUGUUAACUGUUUUGCCUGUUCAACUUGCAACACCAAGCUGACACUGAAAAACAAGUUUGUAGAGUUUGAUAUGAAACCAGUUUGCAAGAAAUGCUAUGAGAAGUUCCCUCUGGAGCUGAAGAAAAGACUGAAGAAAUUGGCAGAAAGUACUGGACGGAAGUAAGGAGCCUACUUGUGGUUUACAGUAAAUAUGUAAAGUAGCUCUUUUAAAUUCAAACAUUUUUCUAAAAGCAAGUCAGCUGAGUACUUCUGGAACAAUAUUCUCAAUGCAAGUGAUUUAAAGCCAAAAGACCGUGCUAAAGAUUAAUUUUGGGAACAAAACUCAUGACUUUAUCCUUACAGAAGCAGACCUAUAUGGUCAACAUACUAUCAAAACGUAAACCCUAUUGGAAAAUCUUUGUUCUCGAGAUGAAGUUUUCCUUGUUGCUUUUUUAUUGCUCUCAACAGCUCCCAACGAGUUAUGUCAGAGCAGUAUUGUGAUUCAGCACGAACAAGGUUUUUGUAUAUUGUACGUCUCCCUUCCAACAGGGAAGUGCCUUGUCAAUGGCCUGACUAAUUUUGUGAAUUCACUCAGAACCCAAAUCACACUAUUCUAAUGGCAUGCUGGUCUGCAUGCUACAACAGAGUUCCAUCAAAAAGUGGAGAAUUGUAUACAUUAUUCCUCUAAAAUGGUACUGUUUUAUUGCAUUUUCAGAAACAUUUUGGUAUAUGCUGUUACAUCUCCACGUGCACACCAAAAUAUGAAAAUGUGAAGUGACACUGAUUUUGUUCAAACCCAUUACAACAUAGGGAACUAGUGUCUAAUCUGCUCAUUUGUAGUAACUAAGAGUUAGGCAAAUCAUAUCCUUAUCUACUUAAUACUCAAAACUGCUGUGGGUAAAGGUAUCACUCAAAGCUUAAUGUUAAAAUAGCUUAUACUUAAAAUGCUUCACGCUAAACCUACACUACAUAAAGUAUUCAAGGCAAGGCUUCUUUACUCUUCUCAUUGUAUAUGAUUGUGAAGUUAGACACUUACAAAAAAAUUAAAUCAAAAUUCACAGUUUCACAUUUCUUCAGUCAUUCUAACCUUUUUUCGAUAUAUAUGUUCUAAUAAUCUAUAUGCAUAAACCUUUACUAUUUUUAUACAGUUUGUAACCACUAUAGGGUGUUGAUUGUAAGCUGCAUUAUUGCCAGAUAAAAUUCCAUAAGGUAGAAAAAUUGCUUAGGUCAAGCUAAAUUACCAGUAUCCAUUCAAAAAUAAAGGAUUAUAGACUAGGUGGCUUUAAUUUUUAAUACUGUAAUAAACUAAAACAGUUAGAUGUAAAGCAGGAAAAUCUUACACCAAAUGCCAUCUGGUAGCUUAUUUCUACAUUUCUCUAUUCAUUUCCACCUUUAUUCAUCUUCAAUGUAAUAGCUACAAUAAUUAAAUUUGACAAAUUAGCUUUGAUUGCAUGAGCUAUUUUUAAAAACCUGAUAAAUCAAUUUAGUAUUGUUUUUCGUAAUAUAUUUAGCAUGGUAAAUACUGUAAUACAACACUUAAUAUGUGCUAUGAUUUCCCUACAUGUACUUGAAAACAAAAUGGAUCAACUGCGAUAUUAUUGAUAUUCUAUGAAAAGUUUGUGAGAAGAUUUGUAGCUCGAGUGCUUGUUGCUGUGGUUCAGUUUGCCGAGCUGGGAAUUUGUGUUGCAGAUGUUUCGUCCCCUGUCUAAGUGACAUCCUCAGUGUUUGGGAGCCUCCUGUGAAGGGCUUCUGUGAUGUUUCCUCCAGCAUUUAUAGUGGUUU